AUCCCAGUGUAUAACAAAUCUUAUUCCACAUGCAUCAACAAGAUAUGACAAAAAAAAGAAACCCAACCAAACCAAAAUUAAAAACGAUAAUAAUAAAAAGUAAAAAAAGGGUCCGUAAACAUCAGAUCACAAACAUAUACUACAUACCAUAUUAUAGAUUUUCAGAGGAUGUUAUAUUGCACAAAAAUGUACUUAUAAAAAGUGGACUUUCAUCUGCUGGCUUUGUGUGGAAUUUUUGGUUGGCAAAACAUAUUAAUCUUGAUGCAGAAGGUCAAAGGGCAGAGACAGGAGAAAGAUAUUGACAUGUUUAGAAAACACAAUAAAGACAAACUUAUGCAUUGAUAUCUGUUUUAAACUGUCUAAUCUCCACUUAUAUCAACAUUUCUUAUCUUUGAAAAAGACUCACUUAAGGAAGCACCGAUCUAAUGAAUAUACAUAUUCAUUGUAUGUAUAAACAAUCAAAUAUUCAGUGUUACACCGUAUUUACACACAAAAAACAACGUUUUAUUUUAUACAAAGGAUAACAUUUAAGUCACUUUUGCAGGAAAGCAUAAGACAAAACGCAGAAAUAAAUGUGGUUGUAAAUAUAUGGUUUUGCAUUAUAAUAGGAUUUUCAUCAUGAAUAAACGUCGUACAGAACAAUUCGUUUUAAAUAGUCGAAAUUGUGUUAAAAUAAUCAAUUAAAAUAAUUAUUUCAAUGAAUUUAUUUAAUUAAUAGAAAAAUAAAUCCCUGGCUUUUCUUUCAAGUCUAGCGUGACGUUAACGGAUGUUGUCAAAUCAAAACCGGAAGUCCGCAAGUCAUACGCAGAUCUGCACGAGAGAUGGUUUUACGCAGUUAUUUAAUGUAAAUGUUGUUUUAUUUUUUCUAUUAUACGUAUAUGUUUAUACGUUUAUGAAGAGAUGAGCUGUGCAGUGAUGUUACAGACUCAGAUUUCCGCCAUCAUGGAUGUGCUCGUGAAGGCGGCGGUGGCGGAGAUCAGUCAGCUGCUCGAGGACGAUGCCGCUGCGCUUCAUGACGAGAUCCUGAAGAGAAACGAAGAGAUCCUGAAGAGAAACGACGAGAUCCAGGGACUGAAGGCUCGUCUGGUUCUCACCGAGACACAACUACAGCGACUUACUGCGGACAGAUGCUCCGUGGCCGUGCAGGUGGAGUUUAGGGAGGACACUAGUGUGACGCUCCAUUCACAAGAGCCACUAGCUGAUCUUAACGGACGGGAGAAGACGGCCGUGACCAGUCCAGAAAGAAACCUUUCAGAGGAGAAGCCACGCUGGUCACACGUCACCGGAAAAGAGGAGGAGAUGAUGUCAUCAGAAGAGCUUGGAGCGCCUGCGUGAAGAUGAGGAUCUCAGUGGACUUGAGUUUGAGAUGAAGAUCGAACAGGUGGAAGAACUCGUCGAUCGGAAACUAAAUGAAAUUCAGGCAGAGGCAAGCGGUGACAGACGGAAUCACAGCGAAAAUCAUUUAUGGCCGUCAGGAGGACGUCUGGAGAGUCACAUGGAGUCCGAGCAUCGAUCACAGAGUUUUACGGACUCAUUCGUGUCGAUGGAAGAUCAGAUGAAUUCAGGGUUUUUUGGCUCGGGUGGGAUGUUGGACAACGAGAGCUUCAGCUCUUUAGGAAAUAAAGACAUUGAGUACACCUUGAAUGUCCUGACGCGACAGGAUUCCCACAGACACUCGCCAACACCGCCCACAACCGGCCCAACAGACUCAAGUGCGUUUAACAGAUUCUCAUCGACUCAUUCGCCUAAAACAUUCACGCACAGUGUGUAUGUACAAGACCACCCACGCAGCCACGCGAGGCCAAAACCGUUCCGAUGCGAGGAGUGCGGGAAAGGCUUCACGCAGAAAACACGCUUGAUAACACACAGACGUAUACACACGGGUGAAAAACCCUUUCGCUGUCAGCUGUGCGGUAAGACAUUCUCCAGACAGGACAACUGUCUCCGGCACGUGCGCUUGCACAAUGGACAGCGCUGAGAACCGCACACGCUAAGAGACGACAACUUCCUCUGUCCAAGUUACAUUUUCAGAACUGAAGCUGCGAUCUGUAACUUUUCUCUCUCUGUCUGUUUGAAAGGUUACAUUAAAGGGAGUCUUCAACCAAAAAUGACAUUUCGCUCUUAAAGGAAAAUUCACCACAAAAUUCUAUCAUCAUUCUCUCUCCUUCGAGUUGUUCCAAAUAUGGAUAAAUGUUUGUUUGAUGAACACAGAGGAAGAUAUUUGGAAGAAUGCUUAUAACCAGACAGAUAUAUAUAUAUAUUUUUUUUUUCCUUGAAGACAAAAUAAGAUAUUUUGAAGAAUGAAGGACAGCAAACAGUUCUCGGGCACUAUUGACUAACAUUGUAUUUUUUCCUACAAUGGGAGUCAAUGGGGGUCUAGAUCUGUCUGGUUAUCUGUCGUUCUUCCAAAUAUCUUUCUCUGUGUUCAUCAGAACAAAGACUUUUAUACACAUUUGGAACAACUCCAAGGUUGGUAAAUGAUGACACAAUAUUUUAUUUUUGAGUGAAGUAUCCCUUUAUAGUUAGGGUUGGGUGUCGAGAACCGGUUCCAUUUUAGAACCGGUUCCAAUUGUCAAAGAAUGGGGGAUUCGAUAGGACAAGCGCAUUUCAGUUCUGUUUAUCGAUUCCUGACUUUUUCAAUCACAUAUAUCAGAUCACAUAUAUUGUGAUCACAAUUAAACAGGACAACAUGUUCUAGUUUAUUUUAAAUUAUUUUAAUUUGAAUUAUUAAUUCAAUCACUUUUUCAAAAAUGAAUUAAUUCGUUAUUUUGUUCACAAAUAAUUGUUUAGAUAAUGGAGGAUCUACCUGCUGCAUGUUAUAUAUUUUAUGUUGUAUUUUUGUGCUAUACUUACAUAGUUUGGGUUUGUAAUUGCUUCUGAUUAUUCCUUAAUGGAAGUGUUGUUUAUUUCAUUAUUUGACGAAUUGUCAAAGUUAACAGUAACACCAUACUGGUUAUAGGCUAAAUGUGGCAAAUAAAAGGUAAAAAAAAUUCAUUAAGUAUUUGCAAAUGUUUCUCUCCCCCCCAAAAAAUUGGAAUCGAUAAGAACUGGAUUCGAUAAGCAGAAUCAGAACCGGAAUCGCUGAAAAUGAAAACGAUACCCAACCCCUAUUUAUGGUUACUUCUCACAUUUUAAGUUUGUCUUGAGCUGGAGUUAAAUGUCAAACUAACAUUUCAUGUGAAAUCACACCUGACAGCUCACAUUAUGAAUCAUCAUUAUAGUCGAUCACCGGGGUAAGGAGACUGUUUUAACAACAUUGACGUGAGUUAGGGGUGGGACUCUGUUUGUGUUCGACUAAUGAAAGAAGGAAGUGUUGUUUAUAAAUAAUUAUUUUGUAUUUAAUAUUUCGUGUCAUUAGAGAAGUUAAUUGGUGUGCUUCAUCUCUUUGUCAUUGUCAUGUUUGUUUUGUUUACAUCCAAAAGUUGCGCCUCAGAAGAACUUGACCUCAAUAAUGACGUACUGCUUUAGUAUAAACAAAACGUUUCGUACAACAACCGACCAGCAAUAAAACAGUUGGACCAAAUG